UCAAAUCAUCACAUAUUACAGUGUCAGAGUCAUUUUCGAGCUAGUAACAAUUUGAAAAAGGCAGUAUAACCAACAAGUUUAUAUUGUAUCUUUCGCAUUAUUAAAUUUUUAUUUUAAAAAUCAUCAAAAAUAGUAUUUGGAAAUUAUUCUCAUUCAUACAUUGUCCGUGAUCAAGAAGCAAUGCUGCGUCUAAUAUAUUUUUAUUACGGAAUCCUGUGUCCCGGCUGGGCCACAUUGAGGGCCUGCUCUCACGGCCAGAAGCACUAUAUUGUCUUGUGGCUUAGAUAUUGGAUAAUGUACGCUCUGCUCCAGGCCUUCGGCAGCCUCACAGACUCUCUUUUCGGCGCAAGGACUCUCUACGCCACUGUGAAGCUGUUCCUAUCCGUGUGCCUUUGGUUUAGCGUACCCUACAGCACCAACUACAUGUACCAUCUAGUCGGAGAGCAUUUUCUGUCAAAGCUUGAACCCAUCGUCGAUUUCGGAUGCCAAGUGCAUAAACGUUUAUUUAUGCAGGUACUCUCCUUCGUCUUUCAAUCGUCCAUCCCAAGUACAGCAAAUGGUUUUGCUGGAAAAGGAGAUCAGAGGGGCGAGCCUCUGGUGGAUGGACGACAACUGAAGCUAGAACUCAGCGAAUUGGUGACCGAAAUCGAGAGGGAUGAGGCUGAGAAGCUCCGCAGAUACGAAGCGGAUCUGCUGAACAAUAUGGAAUUAGUCGCCCGUCAGAUCGUGCCCGGAUCGUCACCCGGCCAAGUCAACGCUUUGGACACCCUGGACGAAGAUUCAAUGCACAAUAUCAUCGAAUAUCUGAACAGUAGACUCGAAAACUCACAAUCGUCGGAGGGAGGACGCAGCAGGCGAACCAGAUUCAAGACGGACCUACGCAAAUAGACCGUGAACCCGUGGGAUUACUGAACUAUAGCCUGUAACCUUGCCAAAUACCGAGACUGAUUAAAUAUCUGGAAUAUGAUCUGGGAUUAUCCAACA